AUGUCAGAAAACAUCGAAACGACUGGAUGUGUCCCAAAAAUGGUUCAAUCAUGGAGAACUUUAGUCACCACCUUUACCACAGGACAUAAAAUCCAUCCCUCUAAUCAACAACCUCUUAGGGACUGUGAAUUCAUUGUAAUUGAUUCCAAAAUUCAAAUACGGGUUGUACAUGUUUAUCCAGGUUUUUUAAGAAAGUCUAUAAUAGUUUCCCAGCCAAUAUUUUUUGACUCAAAAAGAUGCUCUCUAUCCGAAGAGUAUUGGUUUAGUAGAUGGAAUAAACCACUAAAAAUCGGAAAUUGUAACUGCUCUUUUAGGAGGUCCGUAAGAUGUUCAGUAACUUCAAGUCAGCCUUUAGGGCAGAAUAUAGAUAGCAGAAAUUUGAUUCCCAGUAUAGAUUUGCCACCUACAAAAAUUAAAAACAUUGCAACAUUUGUUGAGCGUCUUAUACAAGAUACAUUUUUUGAAGCCUGUCACGAAUAUUAUAUGUUAAGAACAAAAGAUCACCAACCAACAAAUAGUGAUAAUGGGAAAGUCAAUUUGGGGUAUGAAGUUACUGAUGAAGAUAAUGUUGUUAUAACACUUAGGCGAAAAUUAAACAAUGCUUCCAAAAAUGAUUUUGCAGCUAACAAGACUGAAUUACGAAAUAGUUUUUGUGUGAGAAAAGCAUGUGUUCAUAAAAAAGCUUUGCAGAAACCUUUGGUUAUCAUGUUUCAUGGUAUAGGCACAUCAGCAGAUAUCUGGACAAUUGUUAUUAAUGCAAUGACCUGUAGAGGCUAUGAGGUGGUGGCUCCUGAUAUGUUAGGACAUGGCUUCAGUUCAGCUCCAUUAAAGUCUAGCUAUUAUACAUUCAAUAACUUAUUGCUUCAAGCUCUUACUAUUUUUGACUAUUAUAUGGCUGACAGUAAAAGGAAAUGUAUUUUGAUUGGGCACUCAUAUGGGUGCAGCUUAAUAACAGCCAUGUACCCACAUCGUGCGCAACAAAUCAGCCAGCUUGUUCUAAUUAGUGGAGGGGGACCUAUACCUCUAGCACCUUAUGUGAAAGAUGAUGGCAUACCACCGUUUGGGUUUGCAUAUACUUUGUUACAUCCGUUACUCUACUGUGGUGUCAAAAGAAGUAUUUUCUUCUCAUCAAGAGGGAAACAUUUCAAAGUUUGCGAUGAUGAGAAUGGUUUACCAAGACACGUUAUUGAAAAUAUAGCCAUUGGCCAAAAGUGGUCUCAAGGGGAUACAGCUUUCCAUAGAAGAAUCACUGCGCCAACUCUUUUAGUGCAUGGCUUACAAGAUCCUCAUGUCACCUUAGUUCAAGAGUGUGAAAUGGAAAGGACAAUUCCAAGAGCUUUCCUAGAACUGAUUCCAAAUGCUGGACAUCUACCAAUGAUUGAAACCCCAGAGCAUUUAAUUCAUAUGAUUAUUUGCUUUCUAGACAUGUGGGGCUGA